CCCACCAGCACGACCCGGGCCGCCGAAGCCAAUCGGCGCCUGACUGGGCGUAAAGUAGGCCAAGCCGCUUCCUGGUUCUCGGAGGGCGGAACUGGAGGAGUUUGACUGGGCCAGAGGAGGCAGUCACCGGCGAGGGGGUGGGGUGUUUGACCGGCGGUGCAGAGACGACACCGUGGGACCAACUUGUGACACGAAGUGAAACAGUGGGAGGCUGUGGACUUCACAAGUGGAUUACAAUUAUUUAUUCAAGACAUCGUAAAAAAAUAACUUAUAAACAAGGAAAACGCAGUCAGUGUGGGUCCACACGAACCAGGAAGUGAGCGGUGGGAGGCGACGAGUCACAGGACAGGUGACACAGCCUCUGAACGGGGUCAGGGGAAGACUAGCAAACCACGUCACGGGUCCAUUUCCUAUUCCCUGGUAGAGGUCGUGUGCGCCGUUGCGUGAUGCGGGCGUGGGUUUGGAUCAUACGUGUGUCGGCCAGAUUGUAUGCACUCAGCUGAGACGACAACAAAAGGAAGUGAGACGGAAAACAAUCCAUUCUCUCCGCUGUUUAUGGACACCAGGCGGUGAUGUCUUCAGGUGAGGACGGUCUUAUCGGGAUCCCCUUCCCGGAGCACAGCAACGAGCUACUGUCCCACCUCAAUGACCAGAGGCGCUCGGGGCUCCUAUGUGAUCUCACUCUGACCUCUCGCGGGGCACGCUACCCAACCCACCGCUCCGUCAUGGCCGCCGUCAGUCUCUACUUCCGCCGCCUCUUCGGGUCAGAAGAAGGUGGCUUUGGCGAGGGUGGCAGUGGCGGAGGUUUCAGCGUGUGCCAGCUCGACUGCGUUGCUCCCGACGCCCUGGACGCCCUGCUGGAGUUCGCCUACACAGCCACCCUGACCAUCCCCUGCUCCGGGAUGAGGGACGUUUUGCGAGGGGCUCAGGUUCUGGGCAUUCAGUGUGUGGCGGACGCCUGUCGGGACAUCCUGGGGGAGAAGGCAGUGCUGGACGAAGAAGAGGAGAAGAGGGACCAACACACUUCUGCUCUUCGCCUGGGAGAAGAGCAUGUAUCCCGAAGGAAAACUGACAAAAAGAAGGUGAAAAAAGUUGGGCCGCAACACAUCGAUUCAUUGGUGAACCCGCUGCCUGCUUCUCCCAUCUCGUACCCCGCACCUGGAUCAGAGAGCUUGCGCUCGUUGACCCCUGCCCGGCCCCCCAGCCCUGAACCUGAAGAACGUCUCUUCAGAUGGAGACAGAAUGGGGACCCCGAGGCGGUCCGGGUACCAGAGAGGGGGCCCACAUUAAACGGAGGCCACCUCCAUUGGAUACUCGAACGACCCCCACAGGACAAACUGUCCGAGGAAGACGACAUGGAGGGGUUUGGCAACGAAGGUACACUGAUGGAAAGCACCUCCACCACUUCCCCUGUGGCCGAGCCGGGAGAAGGCGCAGCGGCAGCUUCUGCGACGACGGCGAUGGGAGUCGGCAGAAAAAGGAAGUCGCAAAUGCCUCAGCAGUGCCCCGUCUGUCAGAAGAUUAUCCACGGGGCGGGAAAACUGCCUCGACACAUGAGGACACACACCGGAGAGAAGCCCUUCCAAUGCACUGCCUGCGGGGUUCGCUUCACCAGGAAUGACAAGUUGAAGAUCCACAUGAGGAGGCACACAGGCGAGCGGCCCUACUUGUGUCCGCACUGCCCGGCCCGCUUCCUGCACUCGUACGACUUGAAGAACCACCUGUCCUUGCACAGCGGGGCACGGCCCUUCGAGUGUCUGCUCUGUCACAAGGCCUUCGCACGGGAGGACCACCUCCAGCGCCACCGCAAGGGACACAGCUGCCUGGAGCUGCGCACACGGCGCCCCAGACGAGAGCAAGACGACCAAGAACAAGUGGACAUAGACGGAGGUGAGACCGCCAUGUGCCUCAAGCCCCCACCAGCCCACUCCUCUGUGUAUCUGAGGCCCACCAUGCUGGAAGGUGGGAUGUUCCAAGCAAAUGCCGAUAGGGAGCGCUCGCUCGCCCUGCAGGCUCUGGCGCAGCUCAGCCCGCACCGCUUCGCCAAUUACCAGAGCCUCUUUCUGCGAGGGUUGGAACGGCGAGGGCGCAGGGAAGACGAGCCCAAAGAUCCGGGGGGAGUCAACUCGCAGCAUCACAGCUGGCCACAGGAGACAGAAGGGAAGAUUGGUGAAGAAGAGGAGGAAGAAUAGGGCAUUUUUGAAUGUGUACUUGGUCGCAUGUGGUAUUCCAUCCACAUUAAAAAAAAAAAUAUAUAUAUAUAUAUAUUACAUAGGUGGCAGGACAUGCUGCUCCAUGUUGAGAGCGCUUAGAAAAAAAAAAAAGGAAAACGGGUUUGCUGAAUCAUUUUACGUUUUUUUUGUUGUUGUUGUCCUCUGGCUCAUAGCAUGUAAUUUAGUUUCUCCUUCUUUUCCACUCCUUGUCUUUUUAGGUUAAGUUGUCUUUUUGUCUUUCUGUCACGUGUUUUUUCAUAUUUGCAGUUUCUGGGAUGCAUUUCCCUCUGCAAAAAAGAAAUCAGAGCUACUAAGCGGAGCAAAGAUGAAUUAUGUAUUUAGAUUUUUAUAUUGUUGGUGUAUUGCACAUCCCAGUACAGCUUGAUCAGCUGUCUUUGCUUGGAUUUGGUGCUGGAACCAAAGCUUUUUUUUGGGGUGGGGUGGGUAACUUAAAAAUGAAUUCUAGCCAAUGUUGGGUUCCAAGAACUCUUUCAAGCUUUCCUCUGACUGUUUUGAACCAUUCUCCUUCCUUAUUUGAGCGCUUCUGUUUGAAUGACCAAAAGAGACCAAGUCUUGGACAAAAUCCCCCCCUCCCCAAACGACUGUUGAUUUCAGUCUUCCAUUUGGCUUCCUUAGUAGAGACAAAAAGGUGAGGGGAUGAAUGAGAACAUUUACCCCUUUCAUCUGUAUUUAUUUAUUUAUUGUUUUUAUUUAUUUUUCAGCUUUUACGCAAGAUCAAAUCCAGGGUUUGUGAACAGUUUUAUCCUGUGUAUGUGGGAGAAUGUGGCUUUACAUCUCUUUUUUAGCAGUCCACCAAUGCAUUCCUUGCACAUGUGAACCCUGUCAGGUACUGCGCAAAAAAAAACAACAUUUUAGCUUGUGCAACCAUCAGAAUAUGGGCCAUAUAUGGCCUGCCAGAGCUUUCUAUUGGGUCCUCCAUCCCCCCCCCCAAAAAAAGUAAAAAAAAUCAUCUCAACGCAAAUGCCCAUAACAGGAAAAUAAGCAUUUGUUGUGUUACAGUUUUUCAUUCAUUUAUCAUGCCUCUUGGAAGAACUUAAAAAAAAAUGAAAUCUCCCCUUAAAGAGCUUCUCAACUCUUGAGGAGGGAAUCAUUUAUGUAAUGUAACAGGAAGCCCAAAUGAGUGUGACAGUCCAUCAUAAACAGUCCGUAGAAUCCAUUCUCUGCGAAAUCAAAAAAGCUCAGGAUACGCCAAUGGUUCCCACCAAAUCGCUUACUCCCAGGUUAUCAUUAAUUGAAAUUUGUGCUUUUUGAAACACACAUCCUAAAGGAAAAAAAAUGUUUUCAGAGUGAAACUCACAGGUGACAAUAUAUUCAAAUUGCAUCAUAUUCCUGCAAGUGACGUCACUUUUCUCAUAUUUCUCGUCUACGCCAUCUGUUAACCAAGGGUCUGCUGCGUUCUCGAAAACUGCCAUGUAAACAACUUACCACCCCACAUUACCAAAAAUCGCUCGAAUUCAUAACCAAUCACGUGCCCCGAUUGCCAUCGAGUGGGACCCUAAUGGAAGUGGUGUAUUAAUUUGUAGUGGGGAUGGGUGUGGUGACCACUUGAAAAAAAAAAUACACAUCUCUCCCCAACUGUAGAAUAGCACUUUUACCUGUCAGGAAAAAAAGAAAAACGGACAAACAAAAAAAAGGUAAUUGCUGUAAAGUUCAUGAACGCUAUUGAUCAAAUGAAGCUUCAAAAUUGGCUCGCUCUCUGAUAACCUUGUGGGUAUUGUAAACCCUGUGAUCCCAUUAUGUGGAGAUGAAUAAAUGAAAUAAAUACCCAAAUUAAUUUAGUUUAAAAAGGCCUCUCCCCUGCAUAGUUAUUGAUACGGUGCCUGUAAUGCUUGUCAACCAUGUGUUUACUGUAUUUUGCAGUGAAAUGUACCUUUUCCAACUUCCUAGCAGUCUUGAGCACUUGCAUCUGUCAUCUGGUGCCCGCUUUGGGAGCUAAUUGCAACGACAAAGACGCGUUACUUGAGUAGUCAACUAAGUCACACGGGACCAUUUAAGACUUUUUUUCUUUUUUUUAUGUUGAAAUACUAUGAACAUCCUUUCUCUUGUUGAGUACAGAGUUUUAUUGAAAUCUACUAUAAUAUAUGCUGUAUAUCACGUGAUGAAGUUGCCUUAGUUCCCCCCCCCCCCUGCACUUCUUCUCAGGAACUCUUGAGCAAUGCACUAAGUGGUUAUAUGACAUCAAAUGGGGGGAAUAAAAUGCCGGUGUGCUCCUGCACGCUCUUCAUGCAGACGUGAGGCCGCCGGUUUGAAAAGAAUAAAAUUCAAAUCAUGAAUAGUUAAUAUUGCGAGCUGGUUUAGAAAGGCAUUUACAUGAACUACGACUGGUCCUAAUGGAGAGUGUUAGUGCUUGGUCCAAAUGGAGCGCGUGCGCGCGUGCGACUCAAUGCCAGUUGUGAAGUGUACCUCUAUAUACGUUUUAGUGGCUUGGGUGAAGGGAGGAGGGUCCAAGACCACCUCACUAUCAGGGAUGUUUGAUUUUGUCUGUCAGUUUCUUUCUAAGAUGACCUUCACUGUAUGUCUUGUCCCCCACCCCUUUAAUAUUGUCAGUCAACACAAAUAAUAAUAAUAAAAAAAAGUCCAAGCUUG